AUGUAUACUAUUGCCUACACUACUCCACCUUUUGAGUCGCAGUCAAUCUUGACCCAAGACGAUCCUAAGUGCACAAGACUAUUCUGGGAUUCGACAUACCUGGACAGAAUAGACUUGGACCGACUCGACGCCAAUCCUGAUAAUGACAUUUCGGAUGAUGGAACAAUGAAGGCCGCUCGAGAAAGAUAUCCUCACGUUCUCCCUUUAUUUGCUUUGUGGGAAUAUAUUUCCGAAGAAUGGGCUCUAGAUUCCUGGACCAAGCCAAAUGGCGGACAGCAAACCGUUGCCGAUGAUAAACAGAAGAAGGAAACACUUUAUUCCUCCGUUGUUCGUAUAAAUACAGCUUAUGGCAAGUUUGUUGAGCGCAUUCAUCCCUUCUCAAGGGGAGUGCAUCACACGAGGAAGCAUAAACCUUGGGCAUAUAACUGGCAAGCGAGUGGUUCAGAGAGAUAUGAUCACAUUAAGAUGUUUAGGGCUUGGUAUGACUGGAACCUGCCCCAGAAUCACCCACGGCAUAUUUUAAGCUUUCCAGCGGAUAUUCUUGAUCGGAUCAUGGAAUUUGUAAUGAUAGCUUCAGAAAACACUGUUGUGCCAUUUACAAUCACCUCUAGUUCGAUGCCAUGUCACGAACGGCCUGACUCCAUGUUAUUCCCUUCCCGAACUUACGGCAAGAGUCUGAUCAGUAAUCGUUUUUGUAAUUCAGGAUGCGGACUGAAUAACCGGGGGCGUUACAACAGGGAAGGACCUUAUCGCAAAUGGGACCAGAGUACCUGUUCUGUUCUCGAUACUUCCUAUCUAAAGGUCUGUAAAUCGUUCCAAUAUAUUGGAUCAAAGUUAUUGUACGGACAAAACACUUUGGAGUUUGCGACAGGAAACCUAAACUGUGGUGACAGUCCAGCUGGUUUUAGUGCAGAGAGAGGUAUAAAGUAUUAUCCAUGGCUCCGUCAGCCAAUCUAUGAUCCAGGCAACACGAGGGGAUGGGUACGAUCCGUCAACAAGGCUAUUUCCUGCAUUAAAACCCAAUCCAAUUUGAAAGAACUUCCGGCAUGGGCAUGGUGUGACCCAUUUGUCAGAUUUCUUUUCACCAUCGGACCUGAUAACUCAGCUGAACUUCAAAGAUUGAAUUUCAUCGGACAAGUCAAAUCACAUAGUUCGAUUAGAUAUACUGACUGCCGCGAAGAUUUGGUUCAGAGUAUGCGAAUAUACAUUUACAUCAUCAACAUUUUAUGUCCCAAGGCAUGGAAAGUGACCCUAGUAGCCUAG